GCGCCCUGAUCUCCGGAGCCGCCCGGAUGGCGGGGCCCCGGGGCGCCCUGCAGGCCUGGUGCCGCCGCCAGUGCGAGGGCUACCCCGGCGUGGAGAUCCGCGACCUCAGCAGCUCCUUCCGCGACGGCCUGGCCUUCUGCGCCAUCCUGCACCGGCACCGGCCCGACCUGCUAGAUUUUGAUUCACUCUCCAAGGACAAUGUCUACGAGAACAACCACCUGGCCUUUGAGUUGGCAGAGCGGGAGCUGGGGAUCCCCGCCCUGCUGGAUCCCCACGACAUGGUCUCCAUGAGGGUCCCCGAUUGCCUCAGCAUCAUGACCUACGUGUCUCAGUAUUACAACCAUUUCACCAACCCCAACCAAGCUAGAGUCCCUCCGCCCAUGAGGCACCCGGCUGCUGCCUCAUCACCCCCUCUGCCAGCUCCCAAGAAGCCUGUGCCUGCAGCGGAGAGCACCAUGGCACCACAGGAUGAUGUUGUUGAAGGCCUGGCAGAGCGAUCCCAGCGCAACACACUCAGCAGCACCUGCGCAGCCUGCCACCAGCACGUCCACCUGGUUCAGCGCUACCUGGCCGACGGCAAACUGUACCACCGCCAGUGCUUCAGGUGUAAGGAAUGUUCCAGCACACUACUCCCUGGAGCCUACAAACCUGGGCCAGAGUCGGGCACUUUUGUGUGCACUCAGCACCGGGGCAAGCUGGGCCUGAGUGGGAGGAUGGAAUGCAGGCCCAGCCCUGACUUGCAGCACCCAGGCAAGAAGACUGAAGCUGGGGCAGCCACUGUGGGUGAGGAUGUCCCCCCCUCAGAGGAGGAGGAGGGGAAAGAGGAUGGUGUGCAGACAUCCCUGGCGAUUGCAUUAGAGAGCCACCCACCAGGAGAGAAGGAGGCAGGUGCAGCAGAGAAGGGUCGCGCACCCGCUGGAGUGGAGAUGGCAGCGUCCCCUGUCCGUGCAGAGAAUGAAACGCCCAGCUCUGAGCCCUGCUCCCAAACUCCACCCAGGCCUCCUCUCCCCAGCAAACCACCCGCGCCCAGCCAGGACAAAGCCAGCCCACUGGAUGGACGGCUCAAGGACACUCGUCCCACCCCCGCCCCGAGGAGGGGUGCAGACGCAGCAGCCCCGUCACCACCAAGCUCUCACCCCGUCCCUCGGCCUAGAUCCAACGUGCAGAGUGAGGCCUCUGAGCCAGGGCCUGGCCUGGUGAACGGUAGGAUGCCUGAAUCUGGCCCCCCAGUCCCCAAACCAAGAGGGAGACCCACCUCCUCAGAUCGAGCGGGAGCUGCUGUGAGACCAAAGGACCCUCCGUGGAUUGCGUUGGUCCAGCCAGAGCCCAAGAGGAAGCCGGCUCCUCCCCCGCCAGGCAGCGGCCAGGAGAUUCCCACGAGGGCUUCAGAGGAAGAGGAGGAGCAGGGGAAAGCGAGGGAACGGGAGAGCAGUUCCGCCAGCAGGGAGCCCAAAGCCUACAACCCCUUUGAGGAGGAGGAGGACGAGGAGGAAGGUGCAACACCAAAGAGCACGCCAAAGCAGGACCAGAAUGAGAGCAUGACAAAACCCACUCAUCCCUGGUACCGCAUCACCCCCACCAGCAGCCCCAAGACAAAGAAACGUCCGGCUCCACGAGCACCCAGCGCCUCCCCCCUAGUUCACCACCCUAUCUCCAGGCUCUCGCACUCAGAGCCAUCCUCCUCCACCCCAUCACCUGCCCUCAGCCUUGAGAGCAUUAACUCCGAGUGUUCAGCCAAGGCCGCUGGUGACCCGGAUGAGGCGUCAGUGCCCAAGAGCUCCUCCGAACCCACAGUCCAUGUGCCAGCUGCUUCCAAGAUCUCCUGUGCAGACACUCCGCUCACCAGUGUCUCCUCCACUGAGAGCCCCACAGCCCCAGCCAGCCUGUCCGCCAACUCCUCCUUCUCUUCCUCCAGCGAGCUGGCCAGCUCCAGUGGGGAGGCACAGGGGGGAGCUCAACAGACCAACAAGAGCCUUUCUGCCAGCAAUUUAAAGACCAGCCCCAGCCAACUGCCCCCCAAGUCUCCUGCCAGUGCUUGUCCCACACCCAUCCUGUUGGCCUCAGACACGGGUGAAGGAGGCCCCAAGAAUUCCCCAUCGCCUAAGCCUCAGCUGAAGUCUUCAUGCAAAGAGAAUCCCUUCAACCGGAAGUCGUCACCUGUCACCUCCCCCUCAGCCCAGAAACUCCCCAAAGGAUCCAAGCCAGCACGCCCUCCUGCACCAGGACAUGGCUUCCCGCUGAUCAAACGCAAGGUCCAGGCGGAUCAGUACGUCCCAGUGGAGGAUAUUUACGGAGAGAUGGACACCAUUGAGCAGCGGCUGGAUGAGCUGGAGCACCGAGGGGUGGAGCUGGAGGAGAAACUCCGCAGUGUCGAGAAUGACAGCCCCGAGGACAGCCUGCUGGUGGACUGGUUCAAACUCAUCCAUGAGAAGCACAUGCUGGUGCGCCGUGAGUCUGAGCUCAUCUACAUUUUUAAGCAGCAGAACUUGGAGCAGCGUCAGGCUGAUGUAGAGUACGAACUGCGAUGCCUUCUCAAUAAGCCAGCUAAGGACUGGACGGAUGACGACCGAGAGAGGGAGACGGUGCUGAUGCAGGAGCUGGUCACCAUUAUUGAACAACGUAAUGCCAUUGUCAACUGCCUGGAUGAAGACCGGCAAAGAGAGGAAGAGGAGGAUAAAUUGUUGGAAGCCAUGAUUAAAAAGAAAGAAUUUCACAAGGAGUCUGAGGGCAAGAAGAAAGGAAAGUUCAAGCCCAUGAAGGUGCUGAAGCUGCUUGGCAAUAAACAUGAAUCAAAGAGCAAGUCACCCAAGGAGAAAAGCUAGAGCAGGAGAAAGCCAGAAACAAGGAUGGAUGCACUGCUGUCUGAUUGCAUCAGCCCUCCCUGUGGCUGGCUGGAUACCUGCCACUGGGGCUUCUGCCUCCCACUCCUCUCCAGAAGCUGUCUCUCUCCUCUCGUCAAACCCCACAUGCCAACGCUGAUUUCUCCCAGGGAAACUUAGCUUUCAGCCACAGACGUGGAGUUGCCCAAAAAAGAGGAGACAUGGCGAGUCUGAUCAACAAUACUCCCCCUUCCUAAGGCUGUAGAGAGCCUGAUCAGAGGAGAAAAGAUACUAUCCACAAGCUUUGGGGAGUGGGGAGGAGGGGAAAUAGCUUUAGGAGAUAUUACCCAGUUGUGUGUUUAUUAUUAUUAUUAUUAUUAACUGUCUGAGCAGUAAGCAAAGGAUUUUGGUGUUUGUGGGAAACUUGCACUAAUUGCCCCGUCCCUCACUCUAACUGUGAUAAUCACAUGUGCCUCAUACCCUCUGCCUUGGGGGCUGUACACAGUUGUCCCUCCCCAACUCCAAUUCAUCCCCUUGCAGUCUGAAUUCCCAUUCUUAACUUUGGUAAAAGACUCGGGGGCUUAUAAACAGGAUUAUUUUAUUGGCACUAAAUUCGCAUUGAAAAACUAAAUGAAAGGGAAAGAAAUCCCAAAAAUUUCCAUGCCUUGGGUUCCUAAAAAAAAAAAAAAAAAAGAAAGUAACCUCUGUCCUGUUUGUGGAGAGAUUCCCCUCCCCCUGAUGACAUGCACCCCACGAGCUUCAGGGCUGGGCGGGGUCAGUGACAGGGCCAGGCAGAAUGGCUAAGGAAAAGGGAUUAUGGGGAGUCCAACUGGACAUGUUUAAGAUACCCCACCCAGGACAUCUAACCCUCGCUGCAGCUGCUAAAUAGACUCACGCUUAUGCUUUUUGGGGGGCAGGGAGGAAAAGAAUGCAAGACUUUAUUCAGUGCCAGCAAGGUUAUCCUGUUGCCUUGCUUGCUCGUGCUGCCCUCUGCCAGCUUGGGAAGUGGGAAGGGAAUCUCAGCUGGCCCUUCUCCAGCUUUGUCUGUAUUUAUAUUUUUAAAAGUGCAAAAGGGGGGAUUUGGGUUUUUUUUUUAAUAGUGUCAUUACUAGAUGGAUUCAACCCCACCCAGCUUUUUAAACCCUUGUUUUAUUUGUUGUGUGUGUGCGUUGGGGGAUGGGAGAGCAGUCUUCCCUCCUUCCUUUCUUUUUUCCACCUUCUCCAAGGUGAGGAGCUAUUUAUUGAGCUGUUUGAUUGGUCUGAGUUAGACACUGAGUUUUGUGCGUGUUGGUUGGUCAGCUGUUGUCUUGCCUUAUUAGCAGAGUAACUACCAGCCCAGAGCAAACUGCUGCAUUCCUUUUAUAAAAAUACUACAGGUUUGAUCCAAACCACCCUUGCUGGAGUAUAUUUUUAUACAGGGAUCCCUGUUUACAAAACCAUUGAGGGAGCUGAGUUUAUCAUUUUGGUCCCAAGGGCCACCAGUACUGAUUGGGGCAGCAUACACAGCCCCUAGGAAUGGAGGGCCCCAUCAUACUCUUGCAACCCCCAACUGGCUGCUCCAGGAGCAGUGGCCACGUUUCUAUGGUCAUCUCUGGAGAGGGGAGAUCCCAAAGCACAACUUACCCUCUCCAAAGCAAAGCAGUCAAUUUGGCCUUGUAGCGUGCAGCUGAGCCACUGUCAAAGGCCAUUAGAAUUGCUGCAGUCUGACACCCCCAGUCCUACUCCUGCCAGUAUUUUGAUUUGUAAACUGUUACACUGUACUAACUCUGGGAUUGCCAUUCAUCUGCAGAAAAAUAAAACCAGUGGAGUUAAAAAAAA